CGUCGUGCCCUGCGCCUUCCGGCAUUGCGUAGCCACGCCCCUUCCGGCGUGCGCCCCAUCAUGGCGCAGGGUCAGCGCAAGUUCCAGGCGCGGAAGCCGGCCAAGAGCAAGGCGGCGGCGAAGGCGGCGGCCUCGGAGCGAAGCCGCGGGCCCAGAAAAGGCGGUCGCGUGAUCGCCCCCAAGAAGGCACGCGUGGUGCAGCAGCAGCAGAUCAGGAAGGACCUAGAGAUCGCAAUCCGGAAGAACAUAGAGCAUGAGGUGGUGAUGAAAGCCAACUCCCACCUGCCCAAGAAACUGUCGCUGCUGAAGGCCCCGCUCAAGAAGAAGGGGGCCACUGCUACCCCCAAGACUGCUUCCUGAGGCUGUGAACCCACAGACUGCACCUUGGGCCACCAGCACAGGUGAUAUCCAGAGCCUGAGAGAUGCUGCUGACUUCGCUGCUCAGAGUGCAAGAUGAGGCCGUGUGGAUACCCGCCCUCCCCAUCCCGCCUCCGUGGGUUUUACCCCUACAGUAAAGGUGGUGUUGCCA